AUGCCUGUGCCUAGCUUUCUCCUAGACUCAUAAUUCAGACGAAUAUUUUCCAAAUCUUAACCAUAUAAGCAAAUAGCAAAAAACUUUGGAGAUGGAAUUACAGUACCCUCAACAUUCUUAAACCUUAUGGAUAAAGACUAAAAGGCAUUUGCAAUGUAUGAAAACCAAAUAGUCUGCCAUAUUAGCAAGAUUGAUGAAGGCUAGGACAAUGACAUCUUAGAGAUUCCUGAUUGGAUGUAUUAUUAACUAAGAAUUAGGGAAGGCGAACCUUUAGCCUUAAAUAUUGACUUGACUUUUUAUUCAUAUGAGAUAGAAGAGCCACACUCUAUAUUUUUUGAAUUACUAGAUUAAGAUUCGCUUCAUAUUCACAAAGAUAAACUAAUUGAGAUAGUAAGAGGUGAAAUGGGGAAAUAUAAAAUCCUAAGGAAUGAUAAUAUUCUUUCUUUCCUAAUGCCAGAUGGUUAUCCAAUACAAGUUCUAACAGUUCAAAUAGAACCAAAAGGCUCAAAUUACUAUAUAAAUAAUCAGCCUCACAAGCUAAUCAUAGAUAUUGUAAAUUAUGAUGGAAUAAGUAAAAAGAAUAUUCUAUAAGCCAAAUAGACAACUGAGCAAGAGAAAGAACAAUUUAGACUUACAGAUCUUAAUGAAAUCAUUCGUACAAAAGGUUUUACUGAUCUUGAUUUGCUAGAAAAAGCGAUCAACAGGAAAUAAAUGAAAGUACAAACCUUAUAAUAGAAAUUUUAUCUUUCUAAGGACUCAAAGCAAAAACGGCAUAAAACUUAGCUUCAUCAUAAGUCAUUGGUGCCAGAACAAGCUGGGGGUGAUCAUGUUUAAUAUGUAUCAAGGGAUUCAUAGUUGGUUAGGAAUACUACAGACUAAAUUAUAAAUACUGAAAAUGUCAACUAUAGUCAAAUGGGAGGUAUUACUUCUAUGAGCAGUAGAACUGUAAAAAAUGCCUAAAACUUGCCAUCUAAAUUCAACACUGUAAUAAAGAAAAAGGACGAAAUUUUAAAUCUUAGAUCAAUGUCGAUCGAAUUCAAAAGGAGAAUACAGACUCAUUCAAAAAUUAAAUCCACUCUUUAAUAGUAAUAACAAAUCAAAGAGAUAAUGAAUGACUCAAAGGUUUAGGAUUACAAUAUAUCCUAAAGAAAUAAUACAGAGGGUGCAAUGUAAAUGAGCAGUACAGAGAAAGAGGUUACUUUAGCUCACACUGAUAGCUUCUGCAACUCAUACUAUGGGCAAAUUUUGAACAGAAAAAUGUAGGAUAACAAUACCUUAAGAAUAAAGAAAUAGGAGCAGGAUGACAUCAAUAUGAAUAAGAGAAAAAGCUAGCCUAGACCUCUUACCUAGCCACUGCAAAGAGAUACGCAUUUUAGAAUUCAUAGAAUUGAGACAAGAAGAGAAAAAGCAGAAAAGAUGUAAAAGCAAUAAAAUGACUAACUAUAAAUUAAAAUACAAAUCAAUCAAGUACAUGCAAGGAAAGGUAAAUUACCAUUAAGCACUCCAGGUGUAUUAAAAAUGAUGUUCAACAAAUACAAUAAAAUGAUUCACUAAGCUCAUGGCUCUAAUAAAAAUUCAUAAAUUUUGAUACCAAGAAAUGCAAAUAUAGAGCGCUCCUCAAGUUAAAAUAGGCCGAGAACAGGAUCCACAAUUAUAAAACAAAUUAAAAUUGCUACAUAAAAGCCCCUUUUAGAAAAAGAAAGACAUCAUAAACUAGAUUUACGAAUAAGUAUACCUUCUAAGCUUAAUGACAAAUAACUAAUAUGUAUGGGAUCUGAUUCUGAUACUCUUAGUAAGUCAGCAAUAAAUCCUUGGCCGUAAAUGACUCAUCUCACAGAAAAGUCUCAUUUUCUAACAUCCUUGUCCAAAGAAAAGAAGCAUCCAACAAAAGUACUUUACAAAAAACAUGAUUAGAAGAAGCCUAGAAAAUCUGACCCUGCCUAAAAAACUAUAAGCGACAAAAAGUAGUAUAUAAAAGAAGAAAUUUAGAAUGAUAAUGAUAGAGAGGAUUUAGAUUAGAUUAUGAUUGAAAAUAGUGCUUUUAAAUAUAUGUUUUCAGAUAGAAUCAGCAACGAAAGUCCAGAUGUUAAACUAUCCCAUGAUAAUCAAAGUUUUUUAAAGGAUCAUGACUAAAUAAGGUUCAAAGUAAAAGAUUUUGAGAUGUUCCCAGAUUAGCAGUAGUAAGAGUAAAAAUGGUAAAUUGCUAAAAUAUCGGAAAUCAAGGCAAACAUUUUGAAUAAAAAGAGGGAAAAAUCAAUGGAUUAUAGUCAGAGAAUUCAUUAAAUAAAUCCUAAAAAUAUAGUUAGUCCUCAGUAUAUGUUGUAUAAGAGAAAGAAAAACUUGAAAACUUUAGUAAUCGAAUAGCCAAGAGAUGAGAGGACAUUGAUCUUGAAAUAAAAAACUAAAACUAGAAAACAGGCUACUGGUAUAUCAGAUUAUGAGCAAAACUAUUAUGACAGUUCUCAAUUUAUAAUGAAUCUCUACCCAAAUAGAAGUAUCAGACAAGAUAAUGUUUAGAUUACCUAGGAUAAUCAGGACUCAAUUAACGUAGUUAAUUUUAACCCAGUAGCGAAUGUCCAUGAUUCUGCGGAGGGAUUUUCUAGCUCUUUGGAGUAGAGCAUGAUAAAAAUACAUUCAAUACAUAACAAAUAUCAAUGA